AGGGGUUUGACUAGAGAGCAGUUUGGCAAAGGGGAGGGAUCGCGCAGAAGUACGCAUUGCUCAGCACGUUGUUUGAAAGAUUCGGGGACGCAAUGAAACCCCGAACCCCAUCAGUGAAAAAGUAGGAUCCAGGGUUUGAUGCGGAGUAAAAUGGUCUUGAACUAAUCUGUGAAAUAUCGCCGGUUUUAAAAAGAAAACACUUAUAAUAAAAUGGCCGUUCGCAGCAACACUUUAACGCCUUUCUCCAUCCAAGCUAUACUGAACAAAAAAGAGGAGAGUCGGCACUUGAAAGAUCUGGACGUAUACUUUCCCAAGGCGACGUGGAAAAUAUUUGGGGACAUGGACAGCACGUCCGAGGACUUUCCAUCUCCAUGUAAGAACGAAGACGGAACUUGCAUGACAAGCGACAGGAAAGGUUACGACUCAGACUCAGGUCUGAGCGAUGAGAAUGACAGCAAGAAAAUGACGGUGUGUAAAUCGGAAAAAGACCUGGAUCUGUCGGCUUCAGACGCUCUGGAUGGCAGCGUGCAGGACGACAUGGAUGAGUCCACCGCUGGAGACAUGGCGAAAGGUCUUAGCGACUGUGAACUUUCAGCGAACGUCUCCGAUUCCAACAAUCUAGACGAUUCCACUUGCGAUAAAAGCGUGGAUCAGCCGAAACAGAGGAAAAAACGCUCCAGGGCCGCUUUCUCUCAUGCGCAAGUAUUCGAGCUGGAAAGACGCUUCAAUCACCAGCGGUACUUAUCCGGACCGGAGAGAGCAGACCUGGCGGCCUCCUUGAAGCUGACAGAGACGCAGGUUAAAAUCUGGUUCCAGAACCGCAGAUACAAAACCAAGCGUCGUCAGAUGGCCGCAGAUUUACUUGCUUCGGCCCCGGCCGCGAAGAAAGUAGCGGUGAAAGUUUUAGUGCGGGACGACCAAAGACAAUAUAACCCCGGAGAGCUGCUGCGGCCCCCGCUCCUGUCUCUGCAGCCGUCAUAUUACUACCCCUACGCAUACUGCCUUCCCGCAUGGACGCUCUCUGCCUGCGCUGGAAAUCAAUGAGCUAAUGGGACAUCAUGAGAAUAUUUAUUUUUCACACAAUACAAUAAUUACAAGAGACUAUAGUUUGUUUUUAAUAAAAAACAAACAUGACUUCUCAAUGGAUCGAUGUAAACUGCCUCAUGGUAUCCCUGCUUUACAACGUCUCGGUGUUGGACUAUUGUUGAAAGUACCCUGUUGUUUUUGAAUGUAUGGACUGCUAUACACGUAUUUCAAAUUGUUUUCGUUACCCAGUGAGUUUUGUGUUUCAACAUACAAGUCAUCUGGUACUAGAGCUCCCGGUGACCCAGGUAACAAUUUUAUUUUCCCCGAGAAAUUCUACUGUUAUUGGGGUUGAACUAUCGGGAUGUAUAUACAGCACGUUAUCUUCAGGACAGUAAGAGCUAACACUAAACAACACGUGCGUAAAACGUUGCCUGAAUGUUCCCCAAACAUUGUAUUCCGAACUAAUUCAAAGAAAAACAGCGAUUAAAAAAAGAACGUUAUCAAAAGUAUGAGGAAGAAAGAGGAACAUUGCUGAUUUACAAAAAUAAAUGCAACUUUUUACGUGAAACAUUUCAAGAUCAAUGGGCGUUAGUUUUUCAGGAAACAUUAUGCAAGAACCGUGACUGAGCUGUGCAGGGAGAUUCUGGUGGGGUUCAGUGUUACCUGUUAACUGAAACGUUAUUGCUUUCUCUUCUUCCUGAUGUUGUAUGGUACGGAACAUCUAUAUUUGGCACUUUCCCACGCCUAGAGGUAGUUUAUAUGUUGUCUAAUUUCAAAGCUGAUAUGUUUAUCGUUUUGAAAGUGUGUAAAGUUGGAUCGUCCUGUAGUGAUCAGCCGAAUGAUUUGCGAUUUAACUCUUAAAAUUUACUUUUCUAUAGUUGUGAAUUAUUCUGUUAACUGAAAUAACACAUUAAAACUAAAUAUAUUACAACAUCGAAA